AUGUCUAUGGAGGCCAAGAGGAGGAUCGGAAUCGUUGGCUUUGGCCACGUCGGCCAUUAUCUGGCCCAGAAGAUUCUGGAAGAAGGAGACAAGGCUGGUCUGGAGCUGGCCUUCGUCUGGAACAGAACGAUGAAGAAGAUGGAUGGGGUGAUCGACCCUCGGCUACAACUUCACCGACUUUCCGAAUUUCAGACACGCCAGGCGGAUCUGAUUGUGGAAGUGGCUCACCCAGAUAUAACCCGAGAUUAUGGAGAACGCUUUGUGACUGCAGCCAAUUUCAUGAUUGGAUCCCCCACCGUUUUAUCAGAUCCCAACAUUGAACACAGACUGAGGGAGACGGCGACAACAUCUGGACACACAUUGUACGUUCCGAGUGGUGCAUUAUGGGGAGGAGAAGAUAUCCAAAGAAUGGCGGACCGUGGGACCCUUAAAGGUCUGAGGAUCACCAUGACAAAACACCCGGAUAGUUUUCAGCUGAAGGGUGAACUGGCAGAGAAGAAUCGAGUUGUUGACGGUCGGACGAUUCUUUAUGAAGGUCCAGUGCGUGGCUUGUGCCCUGUGGCCCCCAAUAACGUCAACACAAUGGCUGCUGCAUGUAUGGCUGCCCACACGCUAGGAUUUGACCAUGUAAUCGGUGUACUGGUGGCUGAUCCCAGUAUCCCUGACUGGCACUUGGUGGACAUAGAAGUGACGGGGGCAAGAAACAAGGAAACUGGUCAAGUUUUCAGCGUUACCACAAAGAGAUGUAACCCAGCAGAAGUGGGCCAUGUGACUGGCAGCGCCACCUUCCUGUCAUUCUGGAGCAGCCUCUUGGGAUGUACAGGUCACGGAGGACGAGUCUACCUGUGCUAA